GUCGCACCACCACCACCUCCCCCGCGACCCAGCCCGGCCCCAACAACCCCGUGCGCCCGCCGCCUCGCCGUGCCGUGCCGUGCCGCGCUGCGAGGAACCAACCAGCCAACCAGCCAACCCGUACUACCGCACGCAGGUCCCAACCUCCCCGUCCGGAAAGUUGGCAGGCACGAUCUCUCUCCACCCCCCUUGGACUCUCCUCUCCUCCUCCUCCCCACGGCGCCAUGGAGCGGCUCAUCUCCAGGACGGCGGUGUCCCCGGCCCAGCCACGGAUCCACCUGCCGGGCAGAUCCCCCUUCCUCCCCACCCGCCGCGCCGCCCCCGCCUCCGGGGGCGCGGGCUUUGGUAGCGCCGCGCCGUGGGCCCGGCUGUGCGCGCAGCCGCCGCGUCCCGGUGCCGCGGUCGCCGCCGCGGUGCGGCAUGACGGUGCUUCGGGCCCGGCCCCGGCCCCCUUGGAGGCGGCGGCGGCGGCGGCGGCGGCGGCGGCUGGGCCUCCGUGGAAGCUGCUCGGGAGCCUGCUCCCCAAGGCUUCUACUGCUGCCCUUGUCCUGCUUAUGACACUUACUGCAAGUGCCUUCCACUCUAGCAUUCCCCAUCCUGCCUAUGCAUCGGUGCAGACAGUAAUCAAAUCUGGUGGACUCCUCUCAACAGAGUUGUUGAGCAGCGGCUGGGCUGGUUUCUUCGCGGGCUGCUUACAUACCUUAUCCGGGCCUGACCAUCUUGUUGCAUUGGCACCACUAUCAAUUGGGAGAUCAAGACUGGAGAGUGGACUAGUCGGUGCCCUUUGGGGCUGUGGUCAUGAUGCUGGACAAAUAAUUUUUGGCCUGCUCUUCUUGUUACUCAAGGAUCGUUUGCACAUUGAGGUUCUCCGUAUAUGGGGAACAAGAGUUGUAGGUCUGACCCUUCUUAUGAUAGGCGCGACGGGCAUCCGGGAAGCUUCAGAGGUCCAAGAAUCAGGGCUAAUUCUGGAGGGUGUAGACAUGAGUGGCGGUGAGCCCUUGCAACAGUCCCCUGCUGUUGCUCCCAGGAAGAAGAAAGUUGGCUUCACAACAUUUGCCACCGGAGUCGUCCAUGGCCUCCAGCCAGAUGCUCUGCUGAUGGUCUUGCCAGCGCUAGCUCUGCCGUCACGCUUUGCCGGCGCGGCGUACCUCGGUAUGUUCUUGGUCGGGACUGUAUUUUCGAUGGGUAGCUACACCGCUUUUGUAGGUUCUUGUAGCGAGGCUCUAAAGGACAGGAUACCUAAGAUAACGGAGAAGCUGACCUGGGCUGCCUCCCUUGUAGCUGUAUGCAUGGGGCUAGCUCUUCUAGUUGGGCAGUUCUUUGGGUUCACCCUAUAUUGAUUGAUGUCCUGCGUUCCUGUUACUACUUGGCAACAUUAGUUUUGAUUGUUAUUUGUUAUGUUGACGGCAGUUGAGCUCAGAAUACGACACAGUUGAUAUUUUUAGACUGCAACUUAUACUAUGUUAAAUGUUUGUGGGGAAA